CGUCCUUUCUGAGGACCAGGAUAGUUAUCUCUGUAACGUCACUUUAUUCAGGAAGGCAGUGGAUGAGUUCAAACAUAAAGCAAGAGAAAACAAAUUUAUUGUCCGUGACUUUCAGUAUAAUGAAGAAGAAAUGAAGGCAGAUAAAGAGGAAAUGAACCGGCUGUCUACUGAUAAGAAAAAACAGUUUGGGCCUCUAGUCCGGUGGCUAAAAGUGAAUUUCAGUGAAGCUUUUAUUGCAUGGAUUCAUGUGAAAGCCCUAAGAGUCUUUGUUGAAUCUGUUCUAAGGUAUGGCUUGCCAGUUAAUUUCCAGGCUAUGCUCCUUCAACCCAACAAGAGAACAAUGAAGAAAUUGAGAGAGGUCCUCUAUGACUUGUACAAACAUCUUGAUAGUAGUGCUGCAGCAAUCAUCGAUGCAACCAUGGAUAUUCCAGGUUUGAAUCUCAGUCAGCAAGAAUACUACCCUUACGUGUACUACAAGAUAGACUGCAACUUGCUUGACUUCAAGUAGCUUCUUUCUGAAUCUAGUGAUCUUCUCAUAGUGUUGAUGUACAAGCAAGAAAGGUUGAAGAAUUUCGCUCCUAAAUCUCUCAUAAACCCGUGCUUGCUUCUUUCUCCCUUUGCAUAGGAGAACAAUCCCCUUGGUGGUUGAUCCCUUGACAUUUUCUUUUUAAAGAGAAAUGUAAUUAUUGUUUUUAAUAGAUCAGGUCUGUAAUUGUAUAUUGAGAGAAUCAAAAGUGUAUUUAUAAAUAGUCCUUUAUUUAAAGAGUAAGAAACUAAAGGAGGUCAUUCCGCUUUCAUGCCAUGCCUCAUCAAGACCUUGUUUAUACAGCAAGAUGGUGGGGAAAACAUGCCAUUGUUCACUGUUUUUCAUAGGUGUGCUAUAAACAUUGUAAUUGAAUUGUGAUGUAAAAUAUGUGCAGACUGAUAUUCAGUCGAUGCUUUCUGAAUGUUUUACGUUUACAAGAUACUAAGCACUGCAUCCACCCAAGAAAAUAAAAAAUGCCUGUACAAUU